CUCACAGUCUCGGUCUCUCUCACCACAUAUUCCGCGUGCAUGUGAAGAGAGAGAUAUAGAGAGGAGAGCUAGCGAAAGUUUGAGUGACAAAGACGCACGUACGCGCGAAAACGUUGUCACGCUUUUGAGUGAUCGAUACACGGGGGGGAUACACACGCAAACCGAUCGAUAUGGUUCGUGAGCGGGUGGUGGUGGUGAUGGCGUUCGCGGUGGCGACGCUCGCGACGAGCCUCCUGCCGCCGCUGGCGUGCCAGGCGGCGCCGGCGCCGUGCGAGCGCCCGACGCGCGGGCACCACCAGUACAGGCAGCCGGUGGGCGUGCGGCGGAUCGUGGUGGACGCGAGCGGCGGCGGCGACUUCCUCUCCAUCCAGCAGGCCGUCAACUCCGUGCCGGAGAACAACACCGUGCGCGUCAUCAUGCAGAUCAACGCAGGGUCCUACAUAGAGAAGGUGGUGGUGCCGGCGACGAAGCCGUACAUCACGUUCCAGGGAGCAGGGCGCGACGUGACGGUGGUGGAGUGGCACGACAGGGCGAGCGACCGCGGCCCCGACGGGCAGCAGCUCCGAACCUACAACACCGCCUCCGUAACCGUUCUCUCUAACUAUUUCACUGCUAAGAACAUCAGCUUCAAGAACACGGCUCCGGCACCAAUGCCCGGCAUGCAAGGGUGGCAGGCGGUGGCGUUCCGCAUCUCCGGCGACAAGGCCUUCUUCUUCGGCUGCGGGUUCUACGGCGCCCAGGACACGCUCUGCGACGACGCCGGCCGGCACUACUUCCGCGACUGCUACAUCGAGGGCUCCAUCGACUUCGUCUUCGGCAACGGCCGCUCCCUCUACAAGGACUGCGAGCUGCACUCGACGGCGCAGCGGUUCGGCUCGGUGGCGGCGCAGGGGCGGCACGACCCGUGCGAGCGCACCGGCUUCGCCUUCGUCAACUGCCGGGUCACCGGCACUGGCCGCCUCUACGUCGGCCGUGCCAUGGGCCAGUACUCGCGGAUCGUCUACGCCUACACCUACUUCGACAGCGUCAUCGCCCCCGGCGGCUGGGACGACUGGGACCACGCCAGCAACAAGAGCAUGACGGCGUUCUUCGGGAUGUACAGGAACUGGGGGCCCGGCGCCGACGCGGUGCACGGCGUGCCGUGGGCGCGGGAGCUCGACUACUUCGCCGCGCGCCCCUUCCUCGGCAAGAGCUUCGUCAACGGAUUCCACUGGCUUACACCUGACGUCUGAAAGCCGUUUUUCGGCACCACAAUUAAUUUACUGGAGACAAGAACGUACAUUUGUUAGUACAGCAAAAGCGAAGAAUAGAACAUUACGAUAAAUAUAAAGUAUUGAAGUGACUAGUGCAGUAUAUAGCGGUAGAUUCAUUCGUUCAUUCGUUUUGUCUGAUCCGGCUUAUAAUGAUAGCUGCUAUAGAAUUCAAGCACAGCUCUUUACAAGAUCUAUAGUAGCUAUGUAGUACUGUUUUAAAAGCUUUGUCAUGUAGACAUGUACCCAUGCAUGUGAGGUGAAUAGUGAAUAUAUAAUUGAUUUUGUUGUUACUUUAAGGAAAAA